AUGCCCACAACCACAACCACAACCACAACCACAACUACAACUACAACUACAACUACACCCACGCUGCACUACUCGUUUAGUCUCAGUACGUACCUCUCCAGCCAACCGCAGCCACCGACCACCACCACCUCAUCUCUUCCCAACCACAUACCACCACCACCACCAACCACACACCCAUAUACACCACCUACGCUACCACCACUCGACCUCACCACUUCUCAAUUCCAGUCCCAUUUGAUCCUUCCAGUCUUGUACAGCGGUAGUCUCCAAUUUCACGACGAGGAUUAA